GCAGAAGCUGGUGCCAAUUUAGCUACUGGUGAUGUUGACCCUUACGUCCACCUAAUAGCUUACAUGUCUUAACUCUGACAUAGCCCAAUCGGCUACCAUGAGCUCUGCGGACGAGCGUCUCGAUGCCCAGCGACACGGCUUGAUCACACACCUUUUACGCAUUACCGAAGAACCUCGAGUUAUUUCAGCCGCAUGGACUUGCCUGUCGUUCGCAGACCUCUCGAACACACACGAGUCAAUCAAACAGCGUGGACAGAGUCGGGUUGGCUGCAGCGUUGUCAGAGCCUGUCUCAACAGGGAGGCCCUUGCGAAAAUGAUUAAAGCCUGGGCGGUUUGGUCUAUAGCCCAACGGGAUAAUGCACGGUUUGACGAAGACUCAGAGCAGUCUUGCCGGCUCAAGGAGGCCUUCGAAAAUCCCUAGACGGGUCGACAAGCAAGAAGCUGAACGUCCC